CACAAACAUGUAAACAGAGAAUACUAGCCAAGGCCUACAGUAAAACAUUUCUUAUUUAUUUUGCUGUCAGUGUAAAGCUAGAUAUCGGGAGGAAGAACAUUCCAAUGAAUAAAAUCGACUUGAGAUGGGAGCAAGCGCCUCAAUAUCUCUCUGUAGCGACUCGUCUGCUGUGAGAAUUCAGAAGCACAAUGCGAAGAUCAGCCCUGUGCUGACUGUUCCAGGCCCUGACACCAGUCCUGUCUUUGGGGUAACCCUCGAGAGACUGAGGGAAGAUGGACAGCUUGUUUGUGGAGUGCCCCACAUUCUGCGACACAUGGUGGAUUUCCUGGACAGAAAUGGUGUGCAGCAGAGGGGUCUGUUCCGUCUGUCUGGCUCUGUGGUAAGGACCAGGCAGCUGAGGCUGAAGUGGGACAGGGGAGAGAGAAUGGAUCUUGAGGUGGAGGAGGAUGUCUCAAUUGUGGCCUCCCUGCUCAAGCUCUUCUUCAGGGAGCUGCCCAGUCCCAUCAUACCAGAGCCUCAGCGCAAGGACCUGGUUCUCAGCCUCACAGAAUGUAAGAAUGAGGCAGAGUUGAACGCGGCUCUGAAAGAGAAACUCAGCCGCCUACCUGUCGACAACCACAGAAUCCUGUCUUACAUCCUCCACUUCCUGUCAAGGGUGGCCUCUCACAGCCAAUCAAAUCACAUGCCCGUGGAGAACCUGGCCACAGUCUUUGGACCCUGUAUAUUCCAUGUUCCAUCAGGGCCUAGGAUGCUGGAAGAGCAGAGUGUGUGUAAUGCUCUGUUGCUCCACCUCCUGAGACAUCAUUCGGUUGUCUUUAUCUGUCCCCUGGACCUUCCACACACCCCUCCUAGCCAGGACACCCCAUCACCACCCCCACCCCUCGCAGCCCUGUCCCAUUUUGAGUCCCGGCUGCAGGAGAGACUGGGGGGUCCUCCCAGCACCUCUCGGUCAGAGGAGAGUAACAGUGUGGGAAGGUUUGACGGAGACAGCACCACGUCAGAGACAGGAAGUCUUACUACCAACACACCCAGAAAGGCAUGGACGCCAUCUAACCUGAACAGUCCUGAGACUUUGGACCUUGGCUCACACCUCACCACCCACACACAGCACCUGAUCCCAGACCUGUUGGAGGAUGUUGUGGAUGGAGAGCCUGGCUGUGUUCUCACCUGUUCCGCUUAUCCUGGACCAGUUGGGGAGCCUAGCCAACAGGAGGAGGAGAAUCCUGGACCAGCUGGGGAGCCUAGCCAACAGGAGGAGGAGAAUCCUGGACCAGCUGGGGAGCCUAGCCAACAGGAGGAGGAGGAUCCUGGACCAGCUGGGGAGCCUAGCCAACAGGAGGAGGAUCCUGGACCAGCUGAGGAGCCUAGCCAACAGGAGGAGGAUCCUGGACCAGCUGAGGAGCCUAGCCAACAGGAGGAGGAGAAUCCUGGACCAGCUGGGGAGCCUAGCCAACAGGAGGAGGAUCCUGGACCAGCUGAGGAGCCUAGCCAACAGGAGGAGGAGGAUCCUGGACCAGCUGGGGAGCCUAGCCAACAGGAGGAGGAUCCGGGACCAGCUGAGGAGCCUAGACAACAGGAGGAGAAUCCUGGACCAGUUGGGGAGCCUAGCCAACAGGAGGAGGAGAAUCCUGGACCAGCUGAGGAGCCUAGCCAACAGGAGGAGGAGAAUCCUGGACCAGCUGUGGAGCCUAGCCAACAGGAGGAGGAGGAUCCUGGAUGUCCCAGGGGAAGGACAAGGUCACAACAGGAGGAAGACCCAGCCACCUCCUCCAGCAUAAAGGAGGAAGAGGAUGAAGAAAAGGAGAGGGGCACAACCCCUUUAGCCAUCUGUGGACUCAUGGACCACAGUAAAGAAGACUAUUACCAGGAUCAUGACCCCUCCAGCUCAGAGCGCGUCAGGUGUGUGGCAGUGAGCUGGCAGGCUCAGGACACCCAGAACCAAGACCAGCACAAAGACAGCAUGACCCGAUUCCAGAUGGCCGAUGGAAUAAACCUGUCUGACUCUGAAAAGAGCCCCUCCCUCAAGCAGCAAGCUCUGGAGGCUGAGCUGUGCCCCUCGCCACUCGGAACCCCUCAAGAGGACCUAGAUCACCCCCCUUGUACCAAGGACUACCAGAGCCUAACCCCAUCUCUCCACUCCCUCCCAAAACAGGAACAUGACAUGAUCAGUACCUCACUGACAGAAGCUAGUCCGGUCCAGAGGCCCUCCCUGUCUCUCUCUGAGGGCAGUAGCAGUGAGUGUCUGAUGACCCCUAGUCCCAGUCCUCUCCUCCAGCGCCUUGCGGUGGGUGACUGUCCCGUACCGUCCCCCCGCAGCCACAACCUCAGCUUGGGCCACCGCUUCAACACGGACCCUGAAACGGCCCCCUCCCCACCCUGCUUUCAACACAUCAGGAUGGCUCACUACACAGUGAGGACUGAACCAGCAGAGGGCGCUAACAAGGCCCCAUCGGUCACGACGCUCAACAGACACAUCCAGAACGUGAGGAAGAGGAUCAGACGCUUCGAGGAGCACUUUGAGCAAGAGAGACAGUACAGGCCAGCACACAAUGAUAGGACUGCCCAUCCUGAGCUGUCCAGACUGAUGCGGGACCUCGCCAAGUCUCGAAAGCAGCUCAAAGAGCUGAAGCUGAAACAGUGUGCAGAGGGGCUCAGAGAGCAGCAGAAAGGGGGAAACACAGGGACAUGCAGGUCCACAAGUGAACCCAAGGGGGCGAUGGAACACUACCACAACAGUAACAACAAACCCUCACUGGAGGAGACCGUUGAUAGCCUGAUGAAGAGACUGAUGGAGAAACGAGAGGAGGAGGGACUGCCAGAUAACAUCAAGGAGAUGACUCCAGCUCAGAUGGCUGUGGAGAAGGUCUCCCUGCAGAAGUGUCUGCUCUACUUUGAGAGCCUGUAUGGGCGACCGAGCACCAGACAGGAGAAGACUCUGAUGAAGCCUUUCUAUGAUCGCUACCGCCAGGUCAAACAGCAGCUCCUGUGUUCACCCACCACCAUCCCUGUCAUCACCACCAUAGAGGAAGAGGAGGGUUCUGAUGAAGAGUGUGUGAAGGACAGCACCUGGCUACCUCAUACAGCGCUGCGUUGUGUGUCUUCAGAUGAGUCACUGCGUCUGCCGCAUAGUGAAGUGGCCAAUAUGCCCCUGGUGUCACCUCUGGAGGAGAUCAAAGGUCUACAGCCGCCCAGUGUCACCACGGCAACACUGCACGAGGCAUCAAGGUCAGAGUUACUGGAGCAGCUGAGGGUGACGCGAGCUGAGAAGAAGAGACUCCGUUCAGCUCUCCGAGUCUUUGAGGACCACUUCUACACACAGACCGGCCGGGCUGCCCAGAAAGAGGACCGUGGGCCCAUGGCAGAGGAGUACUGCGAGUACAAGAACUUAAAAGCUAAACUCCGUUUGCUGGAAGUCCUGCUCAGUAAACGGGAUACUCCGAAGACAGUUUGAGCCUCCUUCACAGUGGGACUUUUAUUUUGAAACAGUUUUUUUUGCUCACUUUAUUGGAUACAUUUUUUUCCAGAACAAAUUUCAAAGUGAGAUACCG